GCCCCGCCCCGGGCCCCGGUGCCGUCUCCGGUCCCGGCCCGACCAUGAAGUGUCACUACGAGGCGCUGGGCGUGCGGCGCGACGCCAGCGAGGAGGAGCUCAAGAAGGCCUAUCGGAAACUGGCCCUGAAAUGGCACCCGGAUAAAAACUUGGAUAAUGCUGCAGAAGCAGCUGAACAAUUUAAGCUAAUCCAAGCAGCGUACGACGUGUUGAGUGACCCUCAGGAAAGAGCAUGGUAUGAUAAUCAUAGAGAGGCCUUACUUAAAGGAGGGCUUGAUGGGGAGUAUCAAGAUGACAGCUUAGACUUGCUUCACUAUUUCACUGUAAGCUGUUACUCUGGUUAUGGAGAUGACGAAAAGGGCUUUUAUACAGUGUAUCGUAAUGUCUUUGAAAUGAUUGCAAAGGAAGAACUAGAAUGUUUGCUGGAAGAGGAUGCCGAGGACUUCCCAACAUUUGGAGACUCCCAGAGUGACUAUGAUUUGGUAGUGCACCCUUUUUAUGCUUACUGGCAGAGUUUCUGCACACAAAAGAAUUUUGCUUGGAAAGAAGAGUAUGAUACACGACAAGCCUCAAACCGCUGGGAAAAGCGAGCCAUGGAGAAAGAGAACAAAAAGAUUCGGGACAAAGCAAGAAAGGAGAACAACGAGCUGGUGCGUCAGCUGGUCGCUUUCAUUCGGAAAAGAGAUAGGAGAGUGCAGGCGCACCGGAAGCUUGUGGAGGAGCAGAAUGCCGAGAAGGCCAGGAAGGCAGAGGAGAGGCGGCGGCAGCAGAAGCUGGAGCAGGCCAAACUGGUGGAGGAGUACAGAGAACAGAGCUGGAUGACUGUGGCUGACUUGGAGAAGGAGCUCCGGGAGAUGGAGGCACGGUACGAAAAGGAGUUUGGAGAUGGAUCGGAUGAAAAUGAAGGGGAGGAACAGGAGCUUAAAGAUGGAAAAGAUGGCUUUAUCCUCACAGGUAAAGACAGUGACGAGGCUGAGGACUCUGAACUUUAUGAUGACCUUUACUGCCCAGCAUGUGACAAAUCUUUCAAGACAGAAAAGGCCAUGAGGAAUCACGAGAAGUCAAAGAAGCACCGGGAAAUGGUCGCCUUGUUAAAGCAGCAGUUGGAAGAGGAGGACGAGAACUUUUCAGGACCCCAGACAGAUGGACAUCUGUUGACCGCCAGUUCUGAGGAAGAACUGGAGGAUACGCCAAAGCAGAAGCUUUCAAAAAAACAAAAGAAAAAGAAACAGAAACCAGCACAGAAUUGCGAUGAUGAUUUUAAUGAAAACUCCACCGAGGAAAGAGUAAAGAUUGAUCCAGAAGAUAUUAACUUAAAUGAAGACCAUACCAAAGAACCGCACGCUAGUCCCCAAGAAAAGGUCUGUGUUACAGAUGCCAUCGAGCUGUGUGACGAUCCAAAAUGUGAAGCUAAAGGUGUUCCUAAACCCAAAGGAAGGAAAACCAAAGAUGUAAAAAAGUCUGUCAAAGUACCUGCUGACACUCAAACAGUGAACGAUGUUCUUAUCAGCUGUACAACCUGCCAUAGAGAAUUUCCAUCCCGGAAUAAACUUUUCGAGCAUCUGAAGGCUACUGGUCAUGCAAGAGCACCUUCAUCAUCAUCAGCUUUAAACAGUGUAACAAGUAGUCGAAACAAGAAAGAGAAACGUAAAAACAGAUAAAAAUUCUGCCAACACUGUUUUUUUUUUUACUAUCUCUAGAGUUUGACACCAAAACCUGAACUGAGAUCAUCUAAAGAGUUAAAAUCUUAGUAAUAUGCAAUUUACUGCAUUGUGGAAGAUUAUUUUUAUCUUACAAAGACUUUUUUGUUUAAUAUAUAUUUUUCAACAUUUCACUAGUGAUUGAAUUCUACUUUUGCCAUCUGACUUGAAUGUCUCAUAACAGGUAAAUAUUAUAAAGUGUAUUUUGAUUUCUCAUGUGGACAGAGAUGUACAGGAAAAAUUAAA